CAACAGAAUGCAACAUCGAAUGUUUGAAAACACCAAAAUGUGGACAAACAAAUGUUGAGAAGCUAGGAGCCAGGAGAUGGAAUUGUGAUUUAUUUGGUUGGGGUACGGGUCAAACAGAAGAUAGCCCGGACCAUCUGCAUUACGUUAUGAUCCAAAACCGAUGUGAAAAUGGUUCCAAAUUCUUCUACAAUGGCUCCACCUAUUGUUUCAACCAAGGACCUUUAAGUUGGACGGACGCAGAAAACAAAUGCAUCGAGGAUGGGUCAAUCCUGGUUGCCAUAGAAACUGAAGACGAGCAAACAGCCUUGGCCAACUACUUGCUGAGUAAUGACGAGCUUCGUGAUAAAAAAUUCCACAUUGGCCUAAAUGACAGAGCUGAGGAGAACCAAUUCAUUUGGACUGGAUUGUUGGUACAGGCCACCUUCUUUAAUUGGAACGCAGGGGAACCAAACAAUGAUAUUAAUGAAGAAUGUGUUGCGAUGAACUAUCAGACCAAUUUCUAUUGGUAUGAUAUCGGUUGUUCAGACUACCUAUUUGGUUAUAUUUGUGAGCGCCAAAGUACCACUCGGAUUUGAAAAGAAUGAAGAAUGAGAGGAUACAGCGUAUUGCCACUUGGCCCUCUUAUUAUGUCAGCUUAUAAACUAGGUUCAACCAUAUUACCACUCAGGAAUGGACAAAUGGGCAAAACCCUGAAUAAAAACCAUCUAACAGACAGUGAAAUGUUAAAAGAUUUCAGUUUACCAUCC